CUUGGCAAUCGUAAGUGUUAGUUCGGUUGUUGUCAUUUUGUUUUUUUUUGUUACCGCCGGUUAAUUACACUGAAUCUAAACUGGAAUUUAAUGAACUUCAAAAGUGAUUGCUCUUAUUUUUAAUUAUUCUUGAGUAUUUGUGCCGUUUAAAACAGUGUUGACCGUCUAGACGUGAAACCGGAUGAACGGUAAUACUUUAUCAUAGAGAACUUUCUUCAACUUUUCUCUUUAUAAGGCUAAAGAAAAGGCUUAACACUGUUUUGCGUACAGAAGCAACGCCAAUCUACUGCAUCUGUUGACGGGUUUGUUUUAGGGGGAUGGGAUGAGGGAAGGCGAGGGGCCUAGCAUGGCCCUCGACUAUUACACGACCAGCGUUCUCCGCUCCAAGGUAUCGACUGCACUGAGGAGUUCCUAUAGCGACAGACAUGGCCAUCACCAUCAUGGCCAAAGAAGAGCUGCUGAGUCGCUGUACAGGAGCAAUUCUAGUCUGGAGCUGAUGGGAGGAGAGCAUGGUGGGGUAGAUCCAAAAGCGACAACUCCCGUCUUACGGAGAAGAGAAUACGGUUCUCACGGUAGCAUUGACGUCAUCAGCCAGUCUGAGAAGACCGAGUUUUUGGAAAUGCUGGAAGAAUAUAAGCCAGGGGACUGUUCAAAGGUGGAUGGAGAUGAAGAAAAGACGGCCAGUCCAAAGUUGAGACUUAAAUUGGGCAAGUUUUGGGGUGUCAAAGCCACUUCCAGGGAGGAGUCUGUUGUCAUAGCAGCAUCUUCAGCAGCAGAGGAUGAAAGAGGAAGACGGAGAGCCUUUGCACACUUCGAUUGCAGGUCCGUAACAGCUAAUCUUGGAUAUGCUGCUAAGUUGAGAAGUUUGCUCCUGUCAAGAAGAAGGAACACUGCAACAGGGGCAUCAGCAGCAUCAAUGAUGGGUUCGACCACUCCUGAUGGGGACUCUGGUGAUGAAGAUCAGGGAGAUGGCACUGCUAAUGAUCUCCUAGAAAGCUGUCCAUUCUUCCGAAAUGAAAUAGGAGGAGAAGCUGAGCGAGUAGUUGGCCUAACUAGGAGCAGAGGAAGACGAAACUCAGCUCCUUUGCAUAGACCAACCCUUGCUUGUGGUGUUUCAGUUCUGGAAUACCCUCCUGGCUCGUCUCACUGGCCUCCAGAUGGAGCAUGUCCUUACGCCACUGGUCCUAGAGCUAUUGAAACUGUAGAUAAUGGUGCGCUAUACUACAGGCAAUAUUUUUAUGGACAAGAACAUCAAAACUGGUUUGGAAUGGAUGACAAUUUGGGACCAGUAGCUAUCAGUCUUAAGCGGGAAAAGGUGGAGAAGAGCCUCAAUGCUACUACCAAUAACCUUACAUCACCUUUGUUUCGAUAUAGGAUUGUAAUUAGGACAAGUGAGCUUUUAACGUUACGAGGAUCCAUUUUGGAAGAUGUAAUACCAAAUUUAAAACCAACUACCUCUACCAAAUCUAUGAAUACCAAGGAGGUUUUAGAAUAUGUUGCACCCGAAGUACAAAUACCAUGUUUAAGGUUGGGAAUCCCAACUCCACAGACAGAAGAAGCCUUACUGAAACUUGAUGAACAAGGACUUUCAAAGCAGUAUAAGGUUGGUGUCAUGUAUUGCAAAGCUGGUCAGUCUACUGAAGAACAAAUGUACAAUAACCAAGAAGCUGGACCAGCAUUCACUGAAUUUUUGGAAACGAUUGGAACAAGAGUAAGACUAAAAGGCUUUGAUAAAUACAAAGCUGGCCUUGACAACAAAACUGAUUCAACUGGCCUGUACUCCGUUUAUGGUCAGUACCAAGACUGCGAAAUCAUGUUUCAUGUUUCAACGCUUCUUCCAUUUACACCAAAUAAUAGACAACAACUGCUGAGAAAGAGGCAUAUAGGUAAUGAUAUUGUUACGAUAGUAUUCCAAGAACCAGGUGCUCAACCAUUCACACCAAAAGUCAUAAGAUCACAGUUUCAACAUGUUUUUAUUAUUGUUCGAGUUAUGAACCCAUGUACAGAUAACACACAUUAUACAAUUGCAGUUACAAGGUCAAAAGAAGUACCAGUUUUUGGACCGCCUAUACCAGAUGGAGCAACCUUUCCCAAAUCGAAAGCUUUUGCUGAUUUUAUUCUUGCAAAAGUGAUAAAUGCAGAAAAUGCAGCUCAUCAAAGUGAAAAAUUUGCUACUAUGGCUACAAGAACAAGACAAGAAUAUUUAAAAGAUCUUGUUAGUAACUACAUCACCUCUACCUCUGUUGAAACAAGCCAAAAAUUUUCUAUGCUGUCAUUCAGCAGCAAAAAGAAGGACCGCUGGAGACCUCGAAGUGGAGCUUUACCUGACUCUAGUCAACCGGGUGCACUUUCUUGGCAGGUUGCAGUAGAUGAUGCAAGCCAAUCUACAUUCGUCGACUCAUUCUUGGCAAUUUCUUCAGACUCAAUAGUCGUAAUUGAAGAAGCUACAAGGGAGAUAAUUUUUGUCACUCCAACUAAGUCAGUUCUAGGCUGGUCCACUAAUACAAACAGUUUAAGGUUAUACUAUCAUCAAGGAGAGUGUGUUACCCUUCAUAUGAGAGAAAGCGGUGACAGAGACGAGCUGAUGGAAGUAGUUGUGAGGUUGAGGUGUGUUACAGACGGAUCCGUCACGCAGGAGCUAUCUCUCAAACGAAACCCUUUAGGACAACUUGGAUUUCAUGUUCAGCCGGAUGGUUUAGUCACUCAAGUUGAAAGUAUGGGUCUUGCUUGGUUGGCUGGACUUAGACAAGGUUCUCGGCUUGUUGAGAUAUGUAAAGUAGCUGUCUCGACGCUAAGUCAUGACCAAAUGGUAGACCUUCUCAAAACAUCCAUGGCGGUAACAGUCACCGUCAUACCUCCUUUAACAGACGGCACACCUAGGAGAGGGUGCUCUCUUACAAACUGUAAAUAUAACACAACUUUUGAGGGAGAUUAUGAAAAUGUUAAUGGUGGAACUUCUGAUGCCAAAUCUAAAACUGCUCGGCAACAGGCUGCUUCAGGGAAUGUUCGGAAAAGGUAUGAAAGAAGCUUUUCUCCUCCACGAUCCAGUAACAGUUCAGGAUAUGGAACAGGAAGCAGUAGUAAAUCAUUUAUUAGCAGUGACAGGUUUACCAAUAUGGAGGGGACAUUGACUAGUUCAUCAAGCGGGCAAUCUAGCGACGAAAGGUGGUAUGAAGUGUUAGAGGGUAGCUGUGAAGGGGAACCGCCUCCUCCACUACCCGUCAGGCUGGCUAACUAUUUAGGAUCCCCUUCGAACCAAGGAAAGAUGAAUGGUUUCUCCCUACUUGAACCAGCUCAGCAUGAAUUUAAAGUAGGAGAGAAAGUGACCUGUUUAUUGAAGGCAGAGAAAAGUCAUGAAUUGAGGAGGCAGAUAGAGAGGAGCCAGCAGGAUUACCAUGUGACCCAGUGUGAUUAUGGUGGAAUUAAUCACUUUCAUGGAGGUCCUACCAAUGGUGAGAAGACGUCUUCACUUCCACUUGACUGUAGCUCCUCUGUUACUGGAAGAAGUGAUGGACACUCCACAGACACAAGCUCUACAAGUGAUCGAAUAUUUGGCUUACCAAGUGAAGAUGAAUUAUCAUCAAAGAGUUCUCCAGUAGCACGUAGACCAAAAUCUCGUGAUACAGGUGAGGCAAGGUUAAGACCCAGGUCUCAGCGUAAUUCAGCUAACCUUCACAAUAGCACAUUGCAGCAAGACCUCAUUCGCCUAAUCAGUCCUGAUUAUCAAGAUCAGCCAACUCCUGUAAAGGAAAAUUGUGGAAAUUCUAAACCGAACAGCAAUAUUGAUUCUAAGAACAGGUGCAGAGAAAGACCACACAGUCCUCCUACCCGAGACAAAAGUGGAGAUAUUCUUACCAUGGCUCGCCCAGCCACAGUUAUAUCAGCAAGUCCAGUUGAUUCCAAGGAAGGAAGUAGGGCAACUCCACCAAAGAAGACUCCAAUUCUGCUUCCUGACAGCCAAGAAAUGGAUUGGUCAAGCUUGGUUGAUACUGCAACGCGUGCUAUUUUGAGGGGAGAUUCACAAGAAGAUUUAGUAAAUACUGAACCCAUUCAACCACAAACUAUGCAGCGGGAACAGGAACUGAGUAAGCAUAUUUCUCAAUUGGAAACUAGACUAUCCCGCGAAACUCGUCGGAGAUUAUCACUCGAAGAGGAAGUACGUAGCUUAAGAGAUGAAAAUAGAAGAUUACAGCAAGAAUCUCAGAGUGCUGCUCAGCAACUCCGAAGGUUCACUGAAUGGUUUUUUCAAACCAUUGAUAAACAGUGACAACUAUUUGUAUAUUUUCUUCAUUGAUGAUUUGAGUCAUGUUAAUAACCAAGAUUUAAAUCUGUCUCGACUUCUCAUAAGUUUUGUAUAAUGUUACAUAUAUUUUGUAUUCAAGUUUUUUGUUUAAUAUAUUUCAAUAUAUAUUUAAAUAUAAUGACUCUUUUAUAUUUUAAAAUUGUUACAUAGAUUAUGUAUAUAUAUGUAUAUGUAUAUCAUUAAAUUCCUUUAUUUGUUAUUGAAGGCAUGUUGCACAAAUGUAUUGUUUUGUUAUAUUUUAUUAUUCAAAGAAUAAUUGUAAAUAAUAUUAUUUCAUUAAAUUGUACAGAUUAUUUUAUGUUAAUAUGUGAUUAUGUAUACAUUGUACGUAAAAUGUUUUUUUGAUUUAAUAAUAAUAGGGGACCAGUUUUACCAUUAAAUACAAUACAACCUAUGGACCGUGUUAGUCUCUAAGAAAUACCGAAAUUUUUGACCAAGUUCAAAUAUCCUACUGUCUGUUUUGAGAUUGAUACUUUUUUGUGCCAUAAAACAAUGGAGAAUAAAAAUUAUAUUGACGUAUUUUUAUACUGUUAUGUAUUUUAAAUUUCUAUGAUUACUUUUUUUUUUUAAUGAUAAGUAUUAUAGACGUUUUUACCCUUAAUCUGUGAUUUUUUCUGACAUUUUUAAAAUUUAAAAAUAUACCAAUAAUUCUUGAAUUAAAUUUUAUUAAAUUUUAAUUCCAAUUUGCCUCAAUUCACUCAAAUGAAAAUAUCAUCAGUAUUCAUAUUUAAAUUUUUGAAUUACUGUUCUUCCAAAUUAAUUGUUUCAGAUUAGAUAAAUGGAUAUAUGAAUUUGUUCUCAAGUUUCAAGAUUUGUUCAGGAUACAUUACAAAUGUUACAGUGACCUCAAAACUCUUUAUGUUCUCACAAGUUUAUCUAUUUAUCUAGUCAAUCCUGGUGUUUUCACUAGCAAACAGUAAUUAGUAUCUAAAUAUUUGUUAGUAACUAGAUUACAGACUCAGAAUAUGUUUAGUUGAAACCAAAAUGUUGUAUGUUAGCUUGAUUAUAUUAUUUCUACUGUAUAUUUUUAAUAUUUAUCUCUUGCAUUUUGUUUACUAAUUCACCUAUUUUAAUACAAAAGUUUUUAAAUAAAAACUGUCUUACUUUUAUGUUAGACAAAAUGUACCCAGUUAAGAUAUAAAUAUAUAUAUACAGAUGCCUGUAUUAUAAAAAAAUAAAUAUAGACUAGAACGAUUCUGUAAUAGUAUCUAAAUUUUUCAUUUUAAUAUAUUAAAAAAUAAUGUUUCUCUGACUGUUUAUAAAUUCUUUUAUUUUAUUUUUUAUAUACUAAAUAAUCUUAAUAAAUAAUUUAAAUUCCAAAGAUAUAAAUUGAAAGUGAAUUAGUUUUGAAUAUGACAAUAUUCGUCGUUAAAUGCCGAUGAUUUCAUCUCUCUCAACUAUUUCAUUUUUACCUUUACUCGCAUUUAGUGUUUAGUGUUCAUAUCCUGAAAAAAUUAUUAUCAGAUGCCAGCUUGCUAAAAGUUAAUUUAUUAAUAAGGGAAAUCAAGAUCUGAAGUUCUUUAUUUUCCAAGGUAUAGUUCGUGGAAACUAAUUUUUAGAUCUAAAAAAAAUAUUAAGCCAUUCACUACAUAUUUAUGCAAGUACAAUCUUAUUUGUAAAGAAUAAACAUUGUGAAACACAAACAAUUUUUUUAAACUGAGUAGAAAAAUAAAAUCUUGAAACAUUAAUGUUUACUUACCAG